GACGGGGAGGGUCCAGCCCGAGUCGGGGCCCGGGGCCCUGAGGGGCCCGGCCUCAGGCCAGGGAGCCCAGCCGCUCCGGGGGUGGUUGGAGGGGCGGAGAGCGCGACCGCGAGCGCUCCCAACCCCUCCGGCUCUCCCCAUCCGCGGUCCGAAGGGAGGCCGCUGCUGCCCCAAAAAGCAAUGAAUGGGGGUGGAAAGGGGGCUGCCAUCCCCCGAGGUCCCAAGCGCCGCCCUUCCCCAACCCCUCACGAGUGGGGUGCCCGGGGUCCCCUCAGCCAGUCCUCUCUUGUUUACCGCACCUGGGCUGGCCGGGCUGGCCCCCAAGUGAGUCCGGCGCCCCCGACUCUCUGACCGAGGAGCAUCGCCUCCCCUGCCCCCCCAGCUCGCGUUGUUUGCCCCGCACCUUCGCCUGAGGCUGGUCCCACUUAACCCACACCAACCUGCUGGACGUUGCCAAUGGGAAACCCAGGCUCCGUGAGCUUAGCCACUACUGUGUCUUUCUCAACAAUGAGCAGCUGGAAUCCUCCUUACACCUGCUCCGAACUGAGGAAGCUGAACAUGGUUAUGCCUCCAUGUUACCAUACAAUAACAAGGACAGAGAUGCCUUAAAACGGAGGAACAAAUCCAAGAAGAAUAACAGCAGUAGCAGAUCAACUCACAAUGAAAUGGAGAAGAAUAGACGGGCUCAUCUACGCUUAUGCCUAGAGAAGUUGAAGGGACUGGUGCCACUUGGGCCAGAAUCAAGUCGACACACUACAUUGAGUUUAUUAACAAAAGCCAAAUUGCACAUAAAGAAACUUGAAGAUUGUGACAGAAAAGCCGUUCACCAAAUAGACCAGCUUCAGCGAGAGCAGCGACACCUGAAAAGGCAGCUGGAGAAGCUGGGCAUUGAGAGGAUCCGGAUGGACAGCAUCGGCUCCACCAUGUCCUCAGAGCGCUCCGACUCAGACAGGGAAGAAAUCGAUGUUGAUGUUGACGUGGAGAGCACAGACUAUCUCGCUGGGGACCUGGACUGGAGCAGCAGCAGCGUGAGCGAUUCUGAUGAGCGAGGCAGCAUGCAGAGCCUCGGCAGUGACGAGGGCUACUCCAGUGCCAGCAUCAAGAGGAUAAAGCUGCAAGACAGUCGCAAGGCGUGUCUCAGCCUCUGAGAGCGUGGUGGCUGCAGCUCCUCCCGGAAGGUCUCCCUGUCGGAUCUGAUUAGGUAGUGUAUUGGACCUGCCCGCCACGCCCUUGCACGUAGACUCCAGUGUACCACCUUUACCAAAAUCACCUUUGUAACCGUUCCCAAGGAAGUGCUUAGGAGUAUGGGUUUCUGAUUACAUCCACUAGCUUCUCUCUUUCUCUCCAUAAAAAUUCGUCUCUGAGAGACUGUACAUUCCAAUCAAUUUGAAGGACCCAAGGAUUCUUAGGCCGAAUACGCGAUUUUCCCAUCUCAGCAGUUCCCUCUUCUAUACCGCCCUCUGUCCUCCACCAGACCUUUCUUACCGUUUUCUGGCUUACCAUGUUACUUGCCUAGGAGGAAUGUCCAAGUGUGUCUUGUGCUUAGGAAACUGAAGGAAACAAACUUCUAAAAUUGAGAUCCUGAUCUCAGAACUCCAAAGUAAGCUUUGAAAGCGGCAUUUAAGAGCACUUAACCAUGGACCUCACCCCCCCGUGAGGAAGUCAGGAAUACCUCUAGAAAACACACCCUUCCCACACAGCCCAUGUGGACGGGAGCAGUAUUUCUCACUUUAAAAUGGACACCAUGAUAGCGAGCAUGUCUUUGGGGGUUGCACAGCUUACAAAAGUUCCAAUUGUUUGUCCUCACAAACAAAAUGGUACAAUCUAUUUUUGUGUGAUAUUCUUGGGACCUUGCUGUGUACCGCUAUCUCGAGGCACAUUUUCCCCUCAAAGUUUGUUAAUGCUACUUGUCUCUGGAACAUUUUUUUUUCCUACCUCAGAGAUAAAUGAGAUCUCCAUUUCCCACUUAACACAAAGUGAUUAUGCCUCUUUUUUUUUUUUUUUCCAAAUAAGUGACAUUUGGUCCAAUUCUAAUCUAUUUUCCUAUUUAACUUUCAGCAAUAACUGAGCUUUGGCACUAGCUGAGCUAGUGGCCAUCAUCAGUGAAAGAAAAAGUCCACAUUUCUACUCUCUCUGUUGCAGGUGAACAGGAGGGGAUGGUACAGUGUUACUAGAAUUCCUCUCCUUAGUGAUUAUUUUUGGACACACCCAGAAACUUCUUUAUGGAGAUUUUUGGGUUGAUAGUUAAAAAGGCUGAUUCUUCUUUUUAGUUCUUAUUUUUCCCUUAAGUGGUCUCCCACUUUGUAGCAUUUUUAUUUAAGCUAAAACAGAGCACAUGUAUAUGUACAUAAGACACAUGAAAUCUAUAAAUACUAUUUAUUCAUUUUAUAUAAACUAAUGUAAUGGAAAAUAAAUUCUUAUGACUUUGUGCUUUUAUAGAUGUUCUAGAAACUUUGUAUGUAGGUAUCUACAAAAUUGGUUCAUUCCCCUCAAUAUUUUUGCAUUCAUAUUUUUGAGGUCUUGAUGUUUUCAGCCUCUGGCGAAUCUUUUUCAUUGAAUUCGAACCAUUUGUUAAACCUGUGAUGCUGAAGCAGAGUGUGUCACAAAGUGAUGAGAACAUUCCUAAAAUCCACAGAUGCACUGCGACCUAAGGGCUCAAUGGCUGACUCGGCAGCGGGCAGCCACCCCGCUCCUCUGUUGGCCUGUGGUCACUAGCAUACCACAGCCUCGCAGCUCACCCCAGCGCCUGCACCUUGCACACAGCUAACGUCAAAGUUCAAACGCACUCUACACGGGAGCUCGUCCUACACAUGAAGAGCAAUCUCAACAAAGCAAGAUUACUUUUGCGGGUUUUUUUUUUAAUGAUUCUUCAAUGUAUUAAAAAUGUUUUCAUUGGAAGUAGUGGAUUCCAAAAUGAUUCCAAAGUCAUCUGUAAUUCUUCUGUUUUUGUUUUGUUCUGUUGUUUUCUUCAUUUCAACUUUGGGGUGGGGAGGGGCAGGUGACGCAAAGGAUUUUUUUUUUUAAUUGUUGGAAUCUUUUCCGAUAACCAGCUGAAGAUUUGCACUGAAAUACAAUUUGUAUGCCUUUUGCAUUUUUAAAGCCUGCUUCCUGAAUUUAAGCAAAGUGAUAGUGUUCAAAGAGCCAGCUCAGCCUGUAACAUGUUUGAAAAAGAUGUAUCUGCACUUUGAGGUCCCUUUUGAAUGCCAUUCGCUAGACCUCUCAAGCAUUUUAUUUCAUUGCUACAUCCAAGCGCCUCACAAGUCCACGAUGCUGGAUGGCAUCAAAAACUCAAGACUUUGGAAAAAGCUUGUGGGCUUGCAUUGGGGGUGGGAAGGGAACAAAAUGUGUGUACUUCUUUAAUUUGGAUAUAAGGCAUCUGAGAGAUGCUGUUAUUUUCUGUGUUUUAAUUGUUGUGCCUUUGAGUUAAACUGCAUUUUUGUCUUUUGGUUGAAAUUUGAGAUGUACUGUCCCAAUAUAAAACAGUAAUUAUUUGACCUUUGCACUGUUUGUCUGGUCCUUUUCAAUUUGAUAGCAUAUAAAUGUGGAACUUGAUAGAUCUCUAUAUUUUUAAUGCACUUGUGAUAAACUGACACCAGGGUUAGACAUGACUUUCAGAGCUGGAGGUAGACCAAGUCAGCAUGCUAGACAGGCUUCUUUCUAACCAAAACUGUAACCUUCAGGACCAGCAAACUCAGCCCAAGGCAGCUAAUCCCCUUCCUCAUGUGGCUGAUCGGCAGCCCUGAUUCGCCAAUCUGUCCUCUCUCAUUCACUGAUCCACCAGCGUGACUGCUAAGAGCUAUAGGGUCUUUGUGGUUGUUUUGUCUUUUUAAGCAAAAUGAAAACCUUUCUAUAAGGGUUGUUGGGGGGAGGGGAUGGGAAAACAUAUAAACCCCAGCCUUUAAGACUUUGACAAUUGUACGUAAAUAUAGAUGUGUAUAAAUAUAGGCACAUGAAUAUUUUUAUGUGAAAGUUGAUUUUAAAAAGCUAAAAAGAAAUCUAAACUGCACUCUUAUUGAUACCGUCAUAAUGCAAGUGGGAAAAUAAGAGCAGGUAGUCCCAGUUUAAUUUCAUGCAUUGAGAAAAUAUAUAUGUGUGCUUCUGUUAACAUCCCUGAAAACACAGCUUUCCACCCCUUGUUGGCUUUGAACGGUGAGCCAAGCACCCAGGGUGUUUUAUUUGGGGGUUUUUUGCUAAGCAGAGAUCUUGAAUUCUUUAAGGUGCUGAGCAACUGCUGGCUCCUUUCUCUAGUCAAGAGCUAAUGCUAGGUUAGUGAUUCAAAGAGCAUCACAUUUGUUAUCUGGACCUAGAUUCUCCCUCUUAACCCAAAGGGAAAAUAAUAUGUGUUGAUUCAGAAUUGAGCAUUAAGCAGGCCCUAUCCUGCCAUCGGAGCUUGAGUCCUUUUUGUUUUGUGUUUUGUUUUGAGGUGGGCAUUUUCAUUUAACCUCUACUUUUUCCAAAACAAAAAACAAAGGGUCCUUAACUGUGUUUCCUCCAGGUCUCUAUCCCCACCCCUAAAGCGGCCAAGAGCAAAUCCUGGGGUGUGAGAAAAAAGUGUAAACUAGGUAGUAUUGUGAUGCUCAAAAUAAUCAUCUGGCAAUAUCUUGGGGCUUGAUAAUGGAUUUUUGUGGACUUUUUUCUUCUUGCCUCUUCUCCAUCCUUCAAAGAGAGAACUUAUUUUUGAAAAGUGUAUAUAAAUAUAUGUGUGUGUGUGCGCGCGUGUAUAUAUGUACACAAGUACAUAUGUACACACACACACAUUAUUAAGGCUUUUAUACCAUACUGUAUAGGCAAGAAUACCACUGUCUUUGUGCUUUCUAAUCUAUUUACUUCCCCAAAUCUUGGUCUUUUCUGUUUCUUAUUUCCCCAAGUUUCUUUGUCUGUCCCUCUUUACCUUCCCUGUGUGUUGAACACCCCACCAUAAAAGGCUAAAGGCAAUUUCCUGCAUGUCAAUCUAUUGUUUUUCUAUGUCUGACUGAUGCAGCAUGUUUAGGUAGCUGGCUACUCCUGAUUUUAAGAUGCUUCCUGAGAGAAGACAACUCAAAGAUGAGAUGGUUUUUCUUAUUCUACAUGAUCAGACCGCUGUAAACUGUAGGAAGUUUUGUUUUCAAAGAUACUGGGUUAAGGGGUGGGGUGCAAGAUGUGAUUGAUCAUGAUUCUUUCAUUAUCAAUAUUUAUUACAUGGAUGAUUUUCUUGUAUUCUGAAAGAAGAAAUAAUUGGCACUGCUAGAUUCAGCUAUUGAAUGGCUGAAGAAAUGGAGUAUCUUUGUCUUCUCUCAAAAUCAUAAAAUGAGAAUCAGUAACACAACCAAUUCUGAGAUUUAUCCAGGUUUUAGAUUUUGAUUUCUUAUUCUGUCUUGGGGUGGCAGUGAGCCGAGGGGUAAUUCUUCAUUUUAGCUUUCACCUGACAACCAAACUUGCCUUUACCGCUUGUCCCUAGAAUUGGUGCUCUUGGAACGUUGCUGUUAGCCAUCAGUUUGGGGGGCCAUCUUCCUAAUGGCAAACACAGCCUAAACAGGGGAGCAGCAGAUGAAAGAGUGUGAAAUUCUGUUUCCAGAUGUCUAUUUCUUUAUGUAAAUAAUGAUGCCAAUGUAAAUCCUGUGUCAAGACCAUAGAAAAUGGUGCUUUUUCUACAGUUAGCACAUGCAUUUUUAGAAACUACUAUAUGUUUUAGAGAAUCUUUGCUGUGUAUAUGUAAACUUCUGUAUUGUUCAACUGUUAACAAAUAAUAAAUUAUUUCAUUAUUAAAGAAA